AUGUGCAGGGAACAGGCGGCGUCAACCCCAGAGAAGCUGCAGGUCCUUUUAGACAUGGCCAUCUGCUUCCACGAGCCUCUGCUCAGAAAGUCAAGGGUGUGGGAUACAGAGGAAGCCUCCCAGCGACUAGUCGAGACCCAGUGGACGGCCAUUACAACCUCGAAUGCUUCUUUCAUGUGGAAGGAAGGCCCUGCAGCCCUUCAGAGCGGGGCGGACAAGUCCAAGAGGCCAGCAGCAAAGCUGGAGGUGAGAUCUGAAGAAAGCUGGAACCAUGCUGACGUUGUGCGCUACGAAGAAGCAGACUCCACUCCUAGAAAGCCCGCCGUCAAUGCCCAUGAGAGAGAUGGGGUUCCCCAAAUCUGCCGUGUAUGUGGGGACAAGGCCACUGGUUAUCACUUCAAUGUCAUGACGUGUGAAGGAUGCAAGGGCUUUUUCAGGAGGGCCAUGAAACGCAAUACCCGGCUGCGGUGCCCCUUCAGGAAGGGCACCUGCGAGAUCACCCAGAAGACCCGGCGACAAUGCCAGGCCUGCCGCUUGCGCAAGUGCCUGGAGAGCGGCAUGAAGAAGGAGAUGAUCAUGUCCGACGCGGCUGUGGAGCAGAGGCGGGCUUUGAUCAGGAGGAAGAAGAGGGAACGGAUCGGGACUCAGCCCCCCGGAGCCAAGGGUCUGACAGAAGAGCAGCAGAUGAUGAUCAGGGAGCUGAUGGAUGCUCAGAAGAAAACCUUUGACACCACCUUCUCCCAUUUCAAGAAUUUCCGGCUGCCUGAGAUGCUUAGCGGUGGCCAUGAGUUUCCAGAGUCUUUGCAGUCUCCAUCAGGGGAAAAAGCUGCCAAGUGGAGACAGAUCAGGAAAGAUCUGUACCCAGUGAAGUUCUCUCUGCAGCUGCGGGGGGAGGACGGCAGCAUCUGGAACUACAAACCCCCAGCCGAGAGCAGCGGGAAAGAGAUCUUUUCCCUGCUGCCCCACAUGGCUGACAUGUCCACCUACAUGUUCAAAGGCAUCAUCAACUUUGCCAAAGUCAUCUCCCACUUCAGGGACUUGCCCAUUGAGGACCAGAUCUCCCUGCUGAAGGGGGCCACUUUUGAGCUGUGCCAACUGAGAUUCAACACAGUGUUCAACGCAGAGACCGGGACCUGGGAGUGUGGCCGGCUGUCCUACUGCCUGGAAGACCCUGCAGGUAGCUUCCAGCAGCUUCUCCUGGAGCCCCUGCUGAAAUUCCACUACAUGCUGAAGAAGCUGCAGCUGCACAAGGAGGAGUACGUGCUGAUGCAGGCCAUCUCCCUCUUCUCCCCAGACCGCCCCGGUGUGGUGCAGCGCAGGGUGGUGGACCAGCUGCAGGAGCGAUUCGCCAUCACCUUGAAGGUCUACAUUGAGUGCAACCGGCCCCAGCCCGCCCACAGGUUCCUGUUCCUGAAGAUCAUGGCUAUACUCACUGAGCUUCGCAGCAUCAACGCCUACCACACCCAGCGGCUGCUGAGCAUCCAGGACAUACACCCCUUCGCUACCCCGCUCAUGCGGGAGCUGUUCAACAUCUCAGAUGGCUGAGUAGCUGCC